UAUAAUCUACCUCCAACAAUCAAUAACAAAUUCAAUAAAAACGAAAACCGAGAGCAGCAGCAUUAUACAGAGAGACUGAAAGACAUCAAGCGCCAUCUAUUGUCUAGCGGACGCACAAAACAACGAGCAAAAGGCAUAAAGGGACUCGCACUACAACAACAACAACAAAAACAACAAUAAUAAUAAUCAAAUUGAAAGCAAUAAUAUACAAAACAAACAAUUAAGCACUUGCUGUUGCAUUGAGUGCAUGUGCUGUGUACCUGUGCCGCCGCCUCUGUGGUAGUAGUAGUUUGCUACCGCUCCUCUUCCCUAUCGAACUACUACUCUUCCCACCACCAGCACCAACACCCCACCCUCAAGCGGGCAGCUCGGAGCUCCGGUGGGAGGCGAAUCCGUGACUCGACUAUUUGUCGUCACAUUGCCUUGCCCGCCAAUAUGGCGUGCCUUAACACACUAAAGCAAGAAAUCAAAACACUGGAGAAAAUCUUUCCGAAGAAUCACGAGCGCUUUCAGAUACUCAAUUCCAGCGUGGACGAACUUUUGUGUAGGUUCAUCGAUAAGAAUGGCAAGCGUUACGACAUUCAUGCGAACAUAACGGAAACGUAUCCGUCGUCGCCGCCAGUUUGGUUUGCCGAAAGCGAGGAGACGAGCGUUACAAAUGCCGUGCAAAUCCUUAGCAAUACAAAUGGUCGCGAUAAUCACGUGAUUAAUCAGGUUGGCAUAUUGCUGCGCGAGCUGUGCCGUCUACACAAUGUUCCACUGCCACCCGAUAUUGAUAAUUUGGCGCUGCCGCUGCAAACGCCGCCGCCCUCCGCAUCACCGUUACGCUUGGAGCGUUCUGCUGGCGGCGGGGGCGGCUCGGGGCCGCAUGGCAAUGAGGAGACCGAUUCCGAUCAGGAAGAGAUUGAGGAUCCCAUCGGCGAAAGCGAACAGGAGAGCGAGGGCGAUGAGGAUCUACCAUUGGAAAUGGAUGAUGUCCGUAGUACAAAUAAAAAAGAUGACAUGGAGGUGGAACAUUUAGCAACUCUAGAAAGACUGCGUCAAAGUCAAAGACAAGACUAUUUAAAAGGUUCAGUGUCUGGUUGCGUGCGGGCAGCCGAUCGCCUGAUGAAAGAACUACGUGAUAUUUAUCGAUCAGAUGCAUUCAAGAAGAACAUGUACUCUAUUGAACUGGUCAACGACUCGAUUUACGAGUGGAACAUACGCCUCAAGUCUGUGGAUCCGGAUAGUCCUCUACACAGCGAUCUGUUGCAGCUGAAGGAGAAGGAGGGCAAAGAUAACAUACUGCUCAAUAUGCUAUUCAAGAAGACGUAUCCAUUUGAGCCGCCCUUCGUGCGUGUCGUUCAUCCAAUCAUCUCAGGUGGCUAUGUGCUCAUCGGCGGUGCCAUUUGUAUGGAACUGCUGACCAAACAAGGCUGGAGUUCCGCCUACACGGUCGAGGCCGUGAUUAUGCAAAUUGCCGCGACAUUGGUCAAGGGCAAGGCGCGUAUACAGUUUGGUGCUACCAAGGCGCUUAGCCAGAGCCAAUAUAGUUUAGCACGGGCCCAGCAAAGCUUCAAAUCGUUAGUGCAAAUCCACGAAAAGAAUGGUUGGUUCACGCCGCCAAAGGAGGACGGCUAAGGAUAGCUUAUUUUUUAAGAUUAAGGAACGGACGUUUGCCAAAUGUCGCCACUCACCCAUUUUAAAACCCACACCUCCCCCUCAGCACACACCACACACAUAGGAGGCUGCAUUCAGCCCCCUGCCCAUCCCGCAGAAGAGUGUCUCAGUAAAGGAGAAAAGAAAACAGGAGCAGAAACAGGAACAGAAGCAGAACCACAGCAGAAGUAGCAACAGGACCAGAAGCAGCAACAAAACACAAGAAAAACAAAAACAACCAAUUAAAAUAAAUGCGACAAAAGAAACCAAGCAACAAACAAACACAACGUGUAUAAAAACUUUAUAGAUGAGUAAAAACUGAAAAUAUUUAACACAAGCAUAAAA